AUGAAAGAGGUGGGCCUAUUUCAUCCUGCAUUUUAUGCUGGGCUUGGUAAAUCAUAGCCCAGGAGCCACCACAAGAAAAUGAACGUCCAUUGAAUAGCUGUCGCAGCAAAUUUCACAAAGAAAAACGAGCAGCGUCUUCCGGGGGACGGAAUCACAGUUACAAAAGAGAAAACAUGAAUGCAUUCAAAGCUUUCAAAGCCCAAGUUCCAAUUGCAUGGAGUCCGCACCUGUAUAUAACUUUGGUGAGGGGCAUUCCAGGAACUAGGAGACUUCACAGGCGUACCUUAGAGGCAUUGCGUCUUCACAAGUGCAAUCAGACUGUCAUGCGAUGGAAUACUCCUACAGCCAUGGGAAUGCUCCAGCAGGUGAAGAGGUUAGUUGUGAUUGAGACAGAAGAGAUGUACAAGGCCCGCAAACAAAAUGAGGCAAACCACCAAGCUUUACGCCCGCCAUUGGUCAUAAAUCACUUGCCUGCCUCUGCAAGCAGUUUUUCUUAAGAUUUUGUUCUAUGUAAUUCUUCAGAGGUCAGCUUUCCGUUUCUCAAAGUUUGCAUCUGUUGCUCAAGAUAUCUUUUUUUUUUUUUUUCAGAAGUGGAUUUCUAGAAGGAUGUUGUUUUACACUUGUCCUUAUUCUACAUAGUGGAGUCGGUGGAUUAUACA